CAUGACACCAACAGUAACUGGUAAGAGAGUAACUAAAUUGACAUUUCAAGAUUAUGGUAGCAUUUACUUAAACUGUAUAAAAGUGUGUUUCCUUUCGGUCACAUCAGCCAACGCCACUUUGGCAAGACGGUAGAGCUUGAAAUAAUAGAAACAUGUUGAAACCUUUGCACUGACUUUCAUCAUCUGACUUUUGGACUAUGAGUGUUUCACGCAUGAACCAAAACAUGUCUUUGACUCUAUGUUUCCCAGUGGUGGCAAAGCCAACGGGAAGAGAUGUUGUGUUCUUGCUGGAUGGAUCUGACGGUACUAGAACUGGCUUCCGAGCCAUGCAAGACUUUGUCCAAAGAGUAGUAGAGAGACUCAGUGUUGAUGAUAGCAAAGACCGUGUCGCAGUGGUUCAGUACAGCAGAGAGCCAACUGUCCAGUUCUAUUUGAACACAUAUGGGACAAAAGUCCAGAUCCUUGACGUCGUCAAAGGUUUGAGGCACAAAGGCGGAAGACCCCUCAACACUGGAGCAGCUCUCCAGUACUUGAGGGACAAUGUUUUCACAGCCUCUGCCGGAAGCAGGCGCCUGGAAGGAGCUCCACAGGUCCUGAUACUGCUAAGUGGUGGACGGUCUUCUGACAGUGUUGAUGCGGCAGCUUCUGCUCUUAAACAGUUGGGUGUCAUGACCUUUGCAAUUGGAACCAGGGGAUCUGAUAGCAGAGAACUGCAGAAGAUAUCCCACGAUGACAAUUCUGCUGUCUCUGUGUCUGAUUUCACCGACCUUCAACUCAUCCAAGAGCAACUUCAGUCCUCUCUGGAGGUUUUGGUUACUGACGUCAAACCUGAAUCCCCAACUGAACUUGCUCACACUACCCAAAGGGAUAUUGUUUUCCUUCUGGAUGGCUCUGACAGCACAAGGAAUGGCUUCCCCGCUGUGCGUGAUUUUGUUGAGAAAGUGGUUGAAAAACUAAAUGUGGGCGAAAGAAAAGACCGUGUCUCUGUAGUCCAAUACAGCAGAGAUGUAGAGGUCCAAUUCUAUUUGAAUACAUACACCACAAAAGAAGAUAUUUGGGAUUCGGUAAGAGGGCUGAAGCACAAAGGAGGCAGGCCUCUCAACACCGGGGCUGCCCUUCAAUACGUCAGCGACAACGUCUUUACAAACCCCGCCGGGAGUAGGCGCCUGCAAGGUGUUCCGCAGAUUUUGAUUCUACUAAAUGGUGGAAGGUCUUUUGACAAUGUAGAUACUCCAGCCUCUGUUCUGAAACAGCAGGGCAUCAUUGUCAUUGGCAUUGGAACGAGGAACUCUGACAGUGGGGAGCUGCGGAGGGUAUCACAUGACCCAAAUUACACUCUAUCUGUGUCGGAAUUCACUGAACUCCCCAGUGUCCAAGAACAGAUUUCCUCUCUAAUGAGCACAGUGCUUGUGAGGGCCACACCCAUGACACCAACAGUAACUGUGGUGGCAAAGCCAACGGGAAGAGAUGUUGUGUUCUUGCUGGAUGGAUCUGACGGUACUAGAACUGGCUUCCGAGCCAUGCAAGACUUUGUCCAAAGAGUAGUAGAGAGACUCAGUGUUGAUGAUAGCAAAGACCGUGUCGCAGUGGUUCAGUACAGCAGAGAGCCAACUGUCCAGUUCUAUUUGAACACAUAUGGGACAAAAGUCCAGAUCCUUGACGUCGUCAAAGGUUUGAGGCACAAAGGCGGAAGACCCCUCAACACUGGAGCAGCUCUCCAGUACUUGAGGGACAAUGUUUUCACAGCCUCUGCCGGAAGCAGGCGCCUGGAAGGAGCUCCACAGGUCCUGAUACUGCUAAGUGGUGGACGGUCUUCUGACAGUGUUGAUGCGGCAGCUUCUGCUCUUAAACAGUUGGGUGUCAUGACCUUUGCAAUUGGAACCAGGGGAUCUGAUAGCAGAGAACUGCAGAAGAUAUCCCACGAUGACAAUUCUGCUGUCUCUGUGUCUGAUUUCACCGACCUUCAACUCAUCCAAGAGCAACUUCAGUCCUCUCUGGAGGUUUUGGUUACUGACGUCAAACCUGAAUCCCCAACUGAACUUGGUACGUAAACAAGCACUGCCUCUUGGUGUCCUCAAAGGGUUCUUGAGUAGCUCCACCUACCGUGUGGGAUAUGAAUCCAGUGAAGUACCUGUUUUGCUCAAUAACUAUUUGUUAAAAGAGGCUUCCGUGUACUUCCCUACUGUGAAAAGUUUGAGAACGCAGGCCUUGUCCUUUGCAAAGAAAUAGCUCAGCAAUUUAGGAUUCGAACAAAGGUGUACCUUU